AUGUCAUCCAAAAACUCUUUCAUGAAUUUAAUUGAGAAAUACUUUAAAGGAGGAGAAUUGGUGAAUGAGGAAUCAACAAAUCUCAUACAUGCUCAGUGCCAUUCCAUUCAAGAAGAGGAUUCAGAACCUCUGAAGAAACCAAGUCAAGAGGUGGAUUUGGCAAGUGACAGCCAUCAUUCCUUUCAAGCCAUUUCCAAAGAAGUCAAUGGACAAGAACCAACGAAGCAUUCAAUAUUUGAGAAAGAGCUUUCUUUUACUGUCCUCUCUCGUCCAUUUACAAUUCGUCUGGCUCUUCUCAUUACUCUCAUUUCUACUUUCAUUAUGGUCGUUGCGAGAAGUAUUGAUUUUGUGCUCAUUGUUCGAAUUUCCACACAAAUGCAAAAUUAUUCAGUCGUUUUGAGUUCAGUCCUUUUACCAAUUUUGUUUUGCGUUCUGUUGUGGCCCAUUGUUUGGUUUAAAAUGUUUGUGACCAAGUCCAUCACAAAGGAAAUGAGAAAAUUUCCAUUGAAAAAGUUUGCAAUUUUAGGACUUCUUUCCUGCAUUUCAAAUCUCAUUCAAGUCGUUCCAAGUGAUGGAGAUUUAAACGUCGCUCUCAACCAAUCCAUCAUCAUCAACAAUGUCAUUCUCUCCUUCCUUUUCCUUUCCGUUCGUUACAACAUUUUACAUAUCGGUGGAAUUACACUCGUUGCGAUUGGCAUUGGACUCGAUCUCUUACCCAUCUUUCUUCAUUCCUCAUCCAUGGGAGGACCUACAAAAACGAAUCGUCACAACUCCUUUGGGCUCUUCUCGUCGUUUUAUCAACUCUUGUGGGAGCUGCUUCGAAUGUCUAAACUGAGAAAGAGGUCGAUAUGGAUGUUUGCUCCUUAUUCGGCUUUUAAUAUUUCACAAUUUGGUGAAUAUUUGGCAAAUGGAUUUCAGUGUUUUGCUGGAAUUAAUUCGAUGAAAGGAGAUUUAUGUGAAUACGUUUGGGCGGUCAUUUUGGUGUUUAUGUGUUUCAAUUUAGCUUUUAAUAUUUCCAAGUUAUUUGUUUUUAAAUAUGGAUCAAGUACUUUGGCAGUGAUUUCAGCAGCACUUCGAUUGGUUCUGUCAAGUGUUGGAUUUAUGAUUCCAGUAUUGGCAGGUCCUGCCACUUCAUCACACUUGACAGUUCUGGAUUUGGAGGCGUUGGUCAUUUUGGUAUUGGGUGUCAUUAUGUACAGUGCCACAGAAGAAAAGAGAUUGAAAGUGGAUCCCAUUCAUGAAUGGUUGAAAAAGUAUUUAUCUGAAACUGUAAGAAAGAAAUGGGAAGAGUUGAAGGAACUUGUGAAACAAUUGGUUCGUAGAUGA